UUUGUUUCCUGUGUCUUUGUUGCAGGUCUGAGAGAUUAAACACUUUAGACAUGAAAAUCUUGGUGUUAUCUUUGGCGAUGUUGUGCCUAACAGGUACACAUGGCCUCUACAUUGAGCAGCAAAAUGCAGCACAACCUGCACGACCUGGGGUGAAGGAAUCACUGAGAAGUCUCAUCCGUCACACAUACGUGUUGGGAGCAGAGAUAGUUGCAAACUUGGAGUCAUCAGAGGAAAGCAGCAAGUCAGAACUGAACGAUAGACUGGGAAUGAUUGUGACAAGUGCCCAUGACUUAGGGAGUGGCGUUUUGGAUUACAUACGGGAAACCUGUGCUGAUGUGGACAAGGAAAUUAGCGACCAGUACCCGGUGUACAGGAAAACAGUGUUUCCCAUUGUUGGGGAAUUUGUCGGUAAUAUCAGCACAAUGCUUAUAAAACUGAAGACAGACCUGCAGCCUUAUGUUGAUGAGGUAGAGAUAGUGAUAAAAAAGCAACAGCUUCAGCUCUGGAAACAUUUUCACACUGUUAUACGAAAAGAUGCAAAGGUUUGGAAGGCUGCCGUGGAUAAUCUGGUUGCUAGGCUAAAGCCCUUUGAAGAUGGCGUGCGGAAAGAGUUGGAUGCGGCAAGGAAGCAAGAGGCUAGUGAAUUAUCUGAGAAACAAGAGACUGCUAAAGCCAAUCAUGAAGAAGUGGAUAAGUUUAGGGAGGCUCUGAUGACCAUGUUUUAUGAAGAGGAGGGGCUCGAAAAAGUAAUGGCUCAACUGGAGGAAUACUACAAAAACAAUGUAGAGGCACAUUCAAAGGACAAAGAAAAUUAGGCACCUUACUCCCUCUGUUGCCUUUGCAUUUGGUGCAUAUUAAAGAGCAUGCAUUGACGUUA